GAAAUGCAAGAGAAUGUGAAAAAAUGCAAGAACUUUUUAGCUACCCUUAUAAAACUUGCUUCUCAUAACUCACCCUCUCCAGAAACAUCCCGCAAUGUGAAAGCUCUGGUUCAAGAUUUGUUGGACGCAAAGAUUGAUCCAGAAGAAUUUACAGGCCGCCUUCAAACAGAACUCAAAUCAUCUCCUCAGCCAUAUCUUGUACCUUUCCUUAAGAAAAGUCUACCUGCAUUGAGACAAUCUUUACUGAACAGUCAGCAUUCGGUUUUUCAAGGACAGCCCUCUCAGCAGCCACUGCAGCAAACCAAGCUCUCACAAGUGAUACCUCAGUCUGCCUCUGGAACCAUUUCCGCCGUUGUCACCACACAGACAAUAGGAAUAAGGCAACCCAACAACAUUUGCACAGUCUCUGUAUCAAAUACAGUGCAGCCUCCUCAGGUUAAGGUGGUACAGUCAAAUCAGAGUUCUCAACUGCAGAUUAUCCAGUCAACAUCUGCUCAAACUGUGAAACGAACCCCUGCUUGCCAGACUACCCAGAUUAGGAUGCCAGUGGUAAUAACUCAGACCAUUAGACCACAAGGCACAGUAGGGAAGACACCAACAAUACAAGCCAGUAAAAGUCCUGGAGGCUUUGGUGUUCAGGUCUCUGCAAAUCAGAAAAACAAGCUGAACGACCCUGGAGGUGGUUCUUUCAG